GCGGAGCAGCAAGAUGUCAGCCUCUACAAAACAGAGGAGAAAAAACUCGAAAACAGAUAAAGUUGUUCCCGAUGCAAUCAGAAGUGAUGUACAGGUGCCUGCUAGUGGCUCCCCAGACCAGCAGCAGCCUUGGACCCCCUCGGCAUACACAGCUUUCAAGAUUGUCUUGUCAGCACGGUUGUGUGCAGCAGUAUGGAACAUUGUUGGUGACUGUGAUGAAACUUUCAACUACUGGGAACCUGUACAUUUCCUGAUCUACGGAUCGGGGUUUCAGACCUGGGAGUACUCGCCUGUGUAUGCCAUCAGGUCCUACGCCUACUUGUGGAUCCAUGCCCUACCUAUACGACUCUAUAAUAGCCUUUUCCAGGCAAACAAGAUACUUCUGUUUUACCUGCUAAGGUGUUUACUGGCAUUGUGCUGUGCAGGAUGUGAAAUCUAUUUUUACAGGGGAGUAUGUAAACAUUUUGGAGCGAACACUGGGCGGAUCAUGCUGUUCCUGUUAUUGCUCAGUACAGGAAUGUUUAUAUCAAGCUCUGCCUUCCUUCCCAGUAGUUUUUGUAUGUACCUUACUUUUGUGUCAAUGGGAGGCUGGUUCCUCAGGCACUACAGUGUGGCCAUUUUAGGAACAGCAGCCAGUGCCAUACUUGGUUGGCCAUUUGCUGGAAUUCUUGGUGUUCCUAUUGCCAUAGAUGUACUUUUGAGGCGACGUAAAGUGAAAGAGUUCAUAAUAUGGAGUCUUAUAUCCCUGGCUGUGUUCCUACUGCCAAUGAUGAAGAUUGACUCACUAUAUUACCAGAAGAUGGUGAUAGCACCGCUUAACAUUGUCAUGUAUAAUGUAUUUACUAGUCAUGGACCAGACCUGUACGGAGUUGAACCAUUUUCAUACUACUUUCUGAAUGGAUUCCUUAAUUUCAACAUUGUAUUCAUCUUAGCAUUAUCAUGUCUACCAAUAACAGUGUGUGUUAAAAGUUUACUGAAAACAAAAAAUACAGACAUUCCAUUAUGGUUGGCCAUUUUACCAAUGUACAUAUGGAUAAUCAUAUUCUUCACAAGACCUCACAAGGAGGAGCGAUUCCUGUUUCCAAUCUACCCAUUUUUUGUUCUUUGUGGAUCUAUCAGCAUCGACUACAUACAGAAGCUUUGGUGUUAUCUAUUCACCAGCCAGUCGUCCAGGCACUACACCGACUAUACAAACUGGAUUUCCCAGGCUACAGCAUUCACCUACUCUCUCGUCUCAUUGUCCAGGAUAUUUGCUAUCUACCAAGGUUACCAUGCCCCCCUGGACUUGUAUGUAGGACUGAAUAAAAUUGCUGCUGAUCCUCAAAUACACACCCUCUCCACUGACAAACCUGUUAAUAUCUGUGUCGGCAAGGAAUGGUAUCGCUUUCCAAGCAGUUUCUUCUUGCCUGGGGAGAACUGGAACCUAAAGUUUAUUGAGUCUGAUUUUAAAGGCCAACUACCCCAACCAUUCCAGAAAGGCCCUGAUGCUACAAGUGUCAUCCCUAGUCAUAUGAAUGACAUGAAUAAGGAAGAAAAGUCCAGAUACGUUGACAUCAGUAAAUGCCAUUACUUGGUAGACUUGGAUCUAACCCAGGAGUCACCUCUUGAGCAUAGAUAUUCACAAAAGAAGGAUGAAUGGAAAGUCUUACUGUCUGUAGACUUUUUGGAUGCCUCCAGGUACAGUUAAAAGUUUGGUGUUUUGUUUGA